AAAUUCAUUGAUUGAAUUUUUUUCUAUACAGUUAACUAUAAACAUAUUAGAUGUCUUUUAAUACCAAAGACGUGAUCCUCAAAGAGGACAGACCAAAAACCCUGCUUUUACAAAAGCAUUCAGACUAUCUAGCGGGAUAUGGACUAAACAAAGAUGACUUCGAGUUCUGUAUGACGGAGUACUUACGGAUGUCAGGAAUUUACUGGAGUCUAACAGCUAUGGAACUUAUGGGACAAUCCUCCAGAAUGCCAAAAGAUGAUAUAAUAGAAUUCAUUACAUCCUGUCAAGACAAGGAAAGUGGGGGUAUAUCAGCUAGUAUAGGACAUGAUCCACACAUGCUGUACACUUUGAGUGCUGUGCAGGUGUUGGCAAUGUAUGACAGAAUGGAUGCAGUGGAUGUGGACGGGAUUGUUAGAUUUGUGACAUCCCUACAACAAGAGGAUGGCAGCUUUUUCGGUGAUAAAUGGGGAGAGGUGGACACUCGUUUCUCCUUCUGUGCUGUGAUGUGUCUCUCUUUACUGCAAAGACUGGAAGCCAUUAAUGUAAAUAAAGCUGUUGAUUUUGUACUCAGUUGUAUGAAUUUUGAUGGUGGCUUUGGAUCUAGACCAGGAUCAGAAAGUCAUGCAGGACUGAUAUACUGCUGCGUGGGGACAUUAUCAAUUUGCAAGAGAAUGGAUAUGCUUCAUGCUGAUGAACUGGCGUGGUGGCUGUGCGAACGACAACUGCCCAGUGGUGGACUCAAUGGCAGACCCGAGAAACUGCCAGAUCUUUGUUACUCAUGGUGGGUUAUGUCUUCUCUCUCAAUGCUCAAUAGGAUACAUUGGGUAGACAAAAAGAGCUUAGAAGAGUUCAUCCUAGCGUGCCAAGAUGCUGAGACAGGCGGCUUCAGCGACCGACCUGGCGACAUCCCAGAUCCAUUCCACACACUUUUCGGUUUAGCAGGACUUUCUCUACUAGGGAAUAGUAGAAUCAAACUAGUGAAUCCAACGUAUUGUAUGCCUCAAGAGACUAUCGACAGACUCAAAUUAGAACCGCAAAUAUUGCAUGUAUGAACAGUAUUUAUUUAUUAAAUUAGUUUCAAAUAUACACCUGCAAAUACAGGAAAUUAUCACGAUUAUUUUCUUUAUACAAUGUAUGUUGUCUAUAAUUUUGUUCAAGAUAAAAUUCAAUAAAAUGA